UGGUCGGCACAGUGGAAACCGACAUGUCCCUCAUCAGGAGUCCGUCCAAUGAGGAGAGGUGGGGGGCGGAACCGUCGGCUUCAUGCUUCACUGGCGUUGAACCACAACAAAAGGCGACGGUACCACGAAUGGCAAACAAGUCAGCAUAAAACACAAAUCAGACAGCUGCAGCUAUGGGCAAGUCCCAGUCACACCUGGCCAAGCACAAAGACGAGAGUAAAGACGCGCUAACAGCUGAUGGCGGGCACCGAGACAGUCAAACAGAGGAGGACGGAAAGAAUGGGGACGUAUCUCAGUUCCCAUACGUGGAGUUCACUGGGCGGGACAGCGUCACCUGCCCCACAUGUCAGGGCACCGGCAGAAUCCCACGAGGCCAAGAGAAUCAGCUCGUGGCUCUGAUCCCAUACAGCGACCAAAGGCUCAGGCCAAGCAGGACAAAGCUGUAUGUCACGAUGUCAGUGGCACUUUGCCUGCUGCUGUCAGGCCUCGCUGUUUUCUUCCUGUUCCCUCGCUCUAUUGAUGUCUCCUAUGUCGGAGUCAAGUCUGCCUAUGUGUCCUAUGACCUGGACAAACGAAUUGUCUAUCUCAACAUCACAAGCACUCUGAACAUCACCAACAAUAACUACUACGCCGUAUCUGUGACCAACAUCACGGCACAAGUGCAGUUCUCCAAGACGGUCAUAGGCAAGGCCAAGUUCAACAACAGCUCAGUGAUCAUACCGCUGGAUGAACGGCAGAUUGACUACACAGUUCCCACCACUCUAGCUGAGGAGAUGAGUUACAUGUUUGACUACUGCACUUUGCCAAGUAUUAAAGUUCACAACAUCGUGGUCAUGAUGCAGGUGACGGUGACGACGUCGUACUUUGGCCACUCGGAGCAGGUCUCCCAGGAGAUGUACCAGUAUGUGGACUGUGGGGGGAACACCACCUCCUUACAUGGGCAUGUGCAGGUCUACCAAUAAGGCAAGCAGAAGAGCCCAAGCGUCACACUUUGCUGUGUUUGAGGCUCUUGUAGAGGUAACUGGGAUGACCGUAGGAAAUCUUUGCUCACUGACGACAGAAAAAUGGAAAGGGAAAUAAUAUUUCAUAAUUAGUCAUGUGGCUCAUCCAAUCUCAACUUUCAAACCACUGUCUUCCUUUUGCACGUCAAAUGUCAUGUUUAGAAGAUCUAUUUUAGUUGGUUACUUGUCAAAGCUGACUUUCUUUUGUCAGGAUUUCCCUCAAGGUUUUGUAGUCAUUUUUCACCCUGGUGCCAAUAAAAUCUAACAAUAUAAUUUAAUAUUGACAUAAUUGGUGUGCACUCCCAUCAUGUUUACAGUGUCACUCCUCAACACUUAAAUUACUGAAAGCAGUAGUUAAAGAUAUGAUGCACUUUAUCCCUUUUCCUUUCCUUAUCUAUCUCUUAUCUAAGAAUAUUGUUUGAGUGCAACAGAAAUGCUGUAACCGCUACCACAGCCAACUCUUCUGCACCACUUUUAAUGAAAAAUACUACAACCAAAAGCCAUUUUUUCCCCGCACAAUAAAAACCACUGAGCUUUUCCUUACAACUUCUUCCUGCCCUCUUUUCAAUCCUUCCUAUAGCAGCCUCUCUCUUUUCAUGUGGUGCAAUACAGACGGCAGGUUUUGUCAUUUUCUCUUUUUUUUUUGGCUCACAGAGCUUCAUUUUUGGUUUAAGUACGGAGACCACAAGAUUUCUUUUAUGUUUAUCAUUCAGCUGAGUGAUUUUACACAAAUCUGACAAUUGUGAAGACUUAAAAUAAAGGAAAACCUUUUAGAAGGGAUAAUAUUUUAACCAUAGAAAAUGUGGGAGCAUUACAGUGGGCUAUGAAAUACAGACGUGUAAAUGUAAAAAUUGUAAUUUCCUUUAGGUUUGCUUGAAAACAUGUUUUAUCAAGAACGACUGCUGGUGUGGGAGAAGCUUCUUCCCUUUAAUGAGGCUGUCCUGUUUUUGUGGUGUCAUUCACAAUAAUGUGUUUGCUAUUUUAAUCUAUCUAUAGCUUUGUUUGAUGAGUUUCUUGGAUUUUUAAAAUAUUAUGACUUCCUUUUGUCACGUUCAUUCCAUGGUAUCAUUUUAUAUUGGCUGAUGAUUACACGAAGUGAAUAAUACCACAAGGGUUCACAUGCUCUGAUAAUGUUAUACAUUUUUAAACAGAUCGCAUAAAGUACUGGACUUUCUUUCCAUAAUGCAGAAAUGUCAUAAAUGGUAAUUAUUUAAAAGUUCGAUGUUUCCGAUCGUGUGCGUUUGUGACUGCACAGGUCAGAUAAAACGCCGUAACGCCCAAACCCAACCCGUCUUGAUAUUUGAUGAAAGACAUUGUAGAUGUGAAUACUUCUCUGUUACUGAUGCUGCCAGUCUUUUGUUUCUUUUUCAUGCAUGAAGCUGAAAAUAAACUCAUGAGUGAUUUUGAAA